AUGACGCCAAAUCCCGUCGACGUGCGCUUACCAUGCUUCGAGGGCCUUCUGAUCCUUAACCGAGCCAUCCUGUCAGAGGGCCCCCAGACUAGCAACGGUACUGCCUGGACCGAAACAUGGUGCAGCCUCGAAGAUGGCAAACUGCUUGUCUACAAAGACCGAACCGCAGCGAUCAUCAGUCCAGAACACACAAGCGCUGUGAUCGACAUUGGCAGCUUUGCCUGCGUUCAACUAUCGACCGCGUCUCCCGAGCAUGGCUGCGAGCUGGUGCUCAGCACGGCUCUUCCGGAAUCAAACAAACUUAGCCGCCUCUUUCAACCAAAGUCGGCUCUGUCUCUCAACCGACUUCAUCUCGACUCUCCACACGACGAUAGCAGCUACGAACCACCAUCGCGAACGUCCACCACAUCUUUUGGCCGUGCCAGCUUUCAGUCACGUCCUCCAACCGUGAGCGAGCUUUCAACUUUGCCAACCAACGUCAUCGCCCAUGGUCAACAAUCUACGAGAAGCAAGCCCUGGUCCAAGAUUUCUUCGGGACCUCGCAAAUUCUACUCCAAAGUAUCAUCAGCUUCAAAUGGCAGUUCUCGCUUCGAUCAAGACCCUGCCUUUCGUUCCGACUCGACGCCUUCGAGCAGGUCCUCCAUUGCCGACACAAGGGCAUCCACCGACCUCGCAUCCAUCGGCGACGCCUCUCCUUGCACUACCUUUUCUACCGGUUUCAGCCAUAACCCUGAGCGUGUUGUUAUCCGUGCUACUACGCCUACCAUUUUGCGCAGCUGGUCGAAUGCUUUCGCAUUAACCAUCAAGAUGCACAACGAAAUCGGCUCACCACCUCCACCCAUGCCGGAACCACCCAAGCGUGUUUCAACGCGCCCUUCUUUGGGUAACCUUCCUGGCUUUCGAACGAGAGCAUCUCAGCCACAGGGCCGAGCCUUCCCCAGUCAAGAGGCAAGCUACGGUGCCUGCGUGGAGGACGCUCCUCCGAAGGUGGCGCGCAAGCGUCAAUCUUCCUCGACAAGCUUCUCUCCUGCUUUACGUGAUUCCCAAAAUCCGCAGAACCAAACUGACGAUGAUUCCAGCGUGCCUGUUCAGUACACUAGAUGUCCUGCUUUCAAAGAGCAGGGCGAGAGCGUCGCCAACUUGGAGCAUGUCAUCGCCAGUGAGCGUCUUGAUCACAGUCUGGAUACGUCAAAUGGAUCUCUGUACUCGCACUCGCACACCUUUGGACCUCACGAUACCAAGCGCUGGCAAUCAACACGCAGUUACAAGCGUUCAAACUCCACGACAUCCUCCCCCUUGCUGUGCUCAGCUGCCGACAUGCUUCCCAUCAAUCGACGCAAUAGCGUAUCGGUCGCCCAUUUGUUAUCGUAUAGAACCAAUGCUGGACCGACAGCUGAAUCAUUUGACACAAGCUUCGACGAUACCUCGCCGUGUUUGCGAUCAUCAAAUCGAACAGCAACACGUCCGCACAAUGUCGGGAUCACUGAAGCCUUGCUAGUGCAGAACGGGUGCAAAUUGACGCCGAAAGGCACCUUGCCAGCUUCCAGGCACCGACGAUCCGGAUCACUGUUGCAGUUUGGUCCAUCGCGCAUCUUGGCUUGGAAAGAUAGUUUUACCCCGAUCGAGUCAAGCGCACCGACAGACACAACUGCACGCUUGCGUCUCAAGGUCAAUCAAGGCAAGGUGAAUGAAUCGAGUCAAGCUAGUGGUAGCUCUGAUGGACAGCUUCAGAAUCAGACUGUAAAGCGUUUCCCUAGAUUCGUGUCGCUACGUUCGUUGACCGCGAGUAGGCCGAAUGGUAAAGAGGAUCCUAUCGGAUCAAACGCACGUCACGAUGUCAGUAGAUGGUCCUCGUCGACGUCCGAGCCUCGAGAAAGCCAAGAUAUCUUGAAUAGCCGUACGACCACGUUGAAUCCAAAAAAGACAAAGGGAAAGCCAAGAACGGCGUCAUUGCUCACCAUCACCAAGAACACGAUCAACUCGUUGCGCCAAAAGUCGUCUCCCAGACAGCAAGUCGGGAGCGUCUCGGAAGCUUGCCCAGCCCAAGACGAUGUGGGCGGAGAGGACUGCCAGGGUGCUGGUGCAAAAAUACCAAUCCUUACCUGUGAUCCAAGUAGCGAGUUGGUUACACCGACACACGAAGCGAGCGCGAGCGCGAGCGCGAGCUCGGGCCAGAGCCAGAGCCAGAUGCAGUCGGCUGUGUUUGGAGCUGCUAUUCGGGCAGGAGGCAGAUUGCCGGUCAGCAUCGCGGACGAAAUUCAUAGGUCCGAAGCGGCAGCGGAGGAGUGCACUGCGGAUGCCGAUGCGACACUUCCAGAGGAGAUGGUGCGAUUGAAGCUCGACCCUGCAUAUGACGAGGGCGACUACGGCGACUGCUUGCCGAGUGUUCGCGUCGAACGCAUCCUGCCUCCCGAGCAAAUCAUCAAAACAUUCGACGAGCUUCGUGCGGCGUCGACGACUCCGGCAACGUCGAGCGGCGAGUGGUUAGAUGCAAACCGCGGUCGUGACAGCUUGGACUGGGGAGCCGCAGUGGCUGGGUUCAGAAGGCCGUCUCUUCGACUAGCUGCUUCACAGACGUUCCAGACACAUGCAACGGGCGCGCGUCUACGCUCCAUCUCUACUCGCCACUGGAACGCCUCGGAUACCAGACUCUGUGAACUAGUAUCCGCAGAUACAGACAAGGCGCUUUCCCAGCCGCGUCUAUCUGCCGAUGCUGCACGCCCCCCGCACUCCCUACCCGCGCCUCCGCGAGCGCUCAAACGCCGCCCCCGCUCGCCGCACUUGCACCUCAUCCCCCCUGUGCCCUCCAAAUGCUCCUUUGCUCACCGCAACUCUUCCCCCCACGUCGACCCUGCCACCACCACUGCACAGCUCACCCCCCAAACGUUGACCGUUCCACCAGCAUCACGUUCGCCCCCGCGACGACUUGGCACGCCCGUGUCCAAGAGCAACAAACUUUCACUUACUGCGUAA